AUGGCGGCGGCGGCGGCGGCGCAAUCUUGGACUGCUUUACAACCUGUGAAUUUCUCUGAAUUUAAGUUUGAUGUUCCCAUACUGAAUGGUGAAAACUAUAAAGUUUGGAAGGAAUCAAUUCUUCUUCAGUUAGGGUGGAUGGACAUUGACUAUGUUAUAAGGAAAGACAAACCACCUGCUCCUAUUGAUUCGAGCACUGCAGCUGAGAUAACCCUUUAUAACCAAUGGGAGCGCAAUGCUAAGGCUUUAUUGGAGGCCAUAGAUACGCAGUUCGAGAGUUCUGAGAAGGCGCAUGCCAUGACCCUAAUUAUGAAGUUUUCAUCAAUGAAACUCACUAGUGUUAAAGGUGUGCGUGAAUACAUCAUGCAAAUGAGGGAUAUUGCGGCUCAGCUUAAGAACCUUAAGGUUGAGAUAUCUGAAUAUUUUCUUAUGUAUUAUAUCCUGAACACUCUCCCAUAA